AUGGCAAAGGAGGGGGUUCGAGAUGAAGACGCAGACAAACAAAAAGCAAGCCCCGACGUAAACAGAUCGCCAGACAGGCAUUCUGUGGUUGGGUUUGUGAUCCAGAAUACUAACAAGAAACCUCAAGGAAUGAAAGGCGCGAUGUGUAAAGAGGGUUACCAUGGCCUACGCUGUGACCAGUUUGUGCCCAAGACAGAUGCUAUCUUGUCCGAUCCAACGGAUGAACUUGGGAUCGAGUUCAUGGAGAGUGGUGACACCUACCAGAGGCAGGUGCUGUCCAUCUUCAGUAUUGCAUCAGGGAUUUGUCUCCUUGGAGUGGCAUGUAUGGCUCUCUACCGCCGCAACAAGAAGCAUCGCGAAAAACUCCAGGCUCAUUUUUCUGAGACCCGUAGCUUAAGAGACUGCAGCGUCAACGCCUCUGGCCUCAUGUCCAAAUCUACUCUCAAGCUCCAGUACAGCCUUCAUCUCCAAAAGGGUUGCAACGCUCAUGGAGCAUCUCUUACGGGUGGCAAUGUGACACCAGGCACAUCCUCUGCAACCCCGCCUAUUCUCAGCAAAGCCCUGUCUAAAGGGAAACGUUUCAGGAGUAGCUCCCUCUCACUCAGUCCAGCCCAACAGCGGAGAGAGGCCACCCACUUCAGGACCCCACCUAUUUCCAGAGGGAGAAACAAAGUAACAACAAAUCUUAUUGAUGGCUCCCGAGUGGUUGGCCAUGUCUACAAACACUUGCAAGAGGAUGAGUCAACAGACACUGAGUCCAUAAGAAGGUGUGAUUCUGCCACUGGAAGAAUUGGAACUUUCCUCACCAAGACUCCUCUUACUAAUUUUACUGCCAGAAAAGGAUGGAUGGAGGUCCCAUGCACACGUCUAGAUAAAGCAACAACUCUCCUUCCAUCUUCCAUGCGCACCCGCUCUGUGCCCAUCAUCCCAUCACUCCAAGCAUGUGAUUCUGAGACAGAGCAUGUGCACAGUGGUGAGCAAAACCAACCCGGGCCCAUCAAGUGGCACCCUGCACUUGCUGGGAAGAUUGAACCACCAGUUAGCAAUCCUUCCUCUCAGCCAGAGACUGUUAUGUUGAUGAAUAGUGUUUUGCCCAGAAACGUUAGCCCCCCUGCCAUCACCUGCAAUCCACUGGAAUCGGAGGACAUCAGGUCUGCAAAUGCACCCUGCCCUUUCGAAUUUAGUGCAGAGUUUUCCAAGGAUUUCAACCAGAAACACCUCUCCAAUCCCAAGAAAACUUCUGGAUUUUGCAUCGAAUUCCACCACCAUGGCAAAAACAUGCUUGAAGCUGGGACUGUGCAGGAGUCAGAGGAAGGAAAUGUCCAAUAUUCAACCAGAGCACUACACACGGGCAGUGCAACCAGAGGUCUGAAGGCAUCUGGUCAAAAAGAAGUCAAGGGACAGUGCCAAGGUCAGACAUCUCUGGUGAAGGGAGGCGCAAACUGCUUUCUGGCCACUAAAGGACCCAGCUGCAGAGUUACUGGAAACACUUAUGCAAAGCCCUCUGCAAGCUGA